GGCGGAUCGAGGUGCUGGAAGAGGAGGGCAGGGGGCGGGCCUGUUGGCGCUGCGAGUCCAUUUUGCCGCCGUGCCCAGCCGGUAACGCGAGGUCCCCGCGGCUGGAGGACAGGCGCCUGCCCGCGGCCCCCGAGUAGCUUCGUUUGAUUGCCCAUCACAACGUGAGGGGAAAAAAAACCCUGAUAGCUUUGUCCUGAAAAAUAGUAACCCUGACGAAUACACCUGCACCUGCUCGCUCGCAGGGGACAGAGGAUGUGAUGGAGCUGCUUGAAGAAGAUCUCACGUGCCCAAUUUGUUGCAGUCUGUUUGAUGAUCCUCGAGUUUUGCCUUGCUCGCAUAACUUUUGCAAAAAAUGCUUAGAAGGGAUCUUAGAGGGGACCGUGCGGAAUUCGUUGUGGAGAUCAUCUCCAUUCAAGUGCCCUACAUGCCGUAAGGAAACUUCAGCUACUGGAGUCAAUAGCCUGCAGGUCAAUUACUCCCUGAAGGGUAUUGUGGAAAAGUAUAACAAGAUCAAGAUCUCUCCCAAAAUGCCUGUGUGCAAAGGACACUUGGGGCAACCCCUCAACAUUUUCUGCCUGACUGAUAUGCAACUGAUUUGCGGGAUCUGUGCUACUCGUGGUGACCACACCAAGCAUGUCUUCUGUUCUAUUGAAGAUGCCUAUGCUCAGGAAAGAGAUGCCUUUGAGUCCCUCUUCCAGAGCUUUGAGACCUGGCGUCGGGGAGAUGCUCUUUCUCGCUUGGAUACCUUGGAAACUAGCAAAAGGAAAUCUCUACAGUUACUGACUAAAGAUUCAGAUAAAGUGAAGGAGUUUUUUGAGAAGUUACAACAUACAUUAGAUCAAAAGAAGAAUGAAAUCCUGUCUGACUUUGAGACCAUGAAACUGGCAGUUAUGCAAGCCUAUGACCCAGAGAUCAACAAACUCAACACCAUCUUGCAGGAACAACGAAUGGCCUUUAACAUUGCUGAGGCUUUCAAAGACGUGUCAGAACCCAUCAUAUUUCUGCAACAGAUGCAGGAGUUCAGGGAGAAAAUAAAAGUAAUCAAGGAAACUCCUUUACCUCCCUCGAAUUUGCCCACAAGCCCUUUAAUGAAGAACUUUGAUACCAGUCAGUGGGAAGACAUAAAACUAGUAGAUGUGGAUAAACUUUCUUUGCCUCAAGAUGCUGGCACGUUCGUUAGUAAGAUUCCCUGGAGCUUUUCUCAGUUAUUUGUGGUAGUCAUUCUGCUCAGCCUUCUCACUUUCUUUGGUCCCACCAUAUUCCUAGAAGGGUCUUUAUUUGAUGAAUUCACAACUUGGAAAGACUGCCUCUCCAACUUUAAUUCCUAUCUGGCUAAAUCAGCUGAUUUUGUAGAACAAUCAGUGUUUUAUUGGGAACAGGUGACAGAUGGAUUUUUCAUUUUCAGUGAAAGAUUUAAGAAUUUUACUUUGGUGGUGCUGAACAAUGUGGCAGAAUUUGUGUGCAAAUAUAAACUAUUAUAAAAUCUGUUGCAACUAUUUAGUUCUCUGUCUUUUGUUAGAAAUUUGUUAAAGAGCUGAGUGGUAGUUCAGAUUUGGUCAAGAUUUCAAUGAAGUAUUUCCCUGCCCAAAGUAUUCCUUUCAAAAAUAAUGUCCUAUAUAUGUUGUUCAAAUGAGUUAGCAUAAAGGUAAAUGUGAAAUUUAAUAGUACAGUCCUGAACCCUCCUUCCUUUUUAAAGAGUGCUUUUGAAAUACACCUCCUACCUCCAAUAUCAGUUGUGUUGAUGCUGUGGAAAAAGGGGAGGUGAAAGCGCAUGAUCUAAUGUUGUAUUAAUGAGGUAGUAUAACAGUGAUUGUUCAUUUAAGCAUGUAAUAAAGACUACUCGUGUAAAGCAA